AUAAAAUCCUGAGUAAUUUCCGUGACACUCUACUCUCUCUCUCUCUCUCUCUCUCUCGCUUCGCAGAAAAGGGGGGGGUUUUGCCUCCUCUGUUAGGGUUUACCCCGCACCAGACAUCACAGGAUUUCGGAGAGAAAACAUGCUGAACCCUGAAAAUGAAAUCCACUCCUUCGUCAAAGGCAGUCAAGUAGAAGUCAGCAGCGACGAGGAGGGUUUCAAGGGAGCAUACUUUGAGGCCACCAUUUUGGAGUGCCCACCAAAAUACAAGAAGAGGAAAAAAGCGUUGGUGAUAUACAGAACGCUGCUCACCGACGACGGGCGAAGUCCGUUGACCGAGUGCAUCGACCUUGUUUAUAUGAGGCCUCUGCCGCCGGCGGAGGACAGUGCGAGGGAGAAUUUCGAGGAAAACGACAUUGUUGAUGCAAGAUACAGGGAUGGAUGGUGGCUUGGGGUAGUGAGGAAGGUUUUUGAUGAUUCAAGCUACAUGGUUUAUUUCGAUAACCCGCCUGAUGUGAUUCAUUUUCAGAAGGAAAAUUUGCGGACGCACUUGGAUUGGGUUAAUGGCAAAUGGGUUUUACCUGAGAAGCAGUUAAAAGACUAGUUAACGGGUGUUAAGAAUGUGUCGUGGAGUGUAUGCAAGUAUUUUCCCAUGACUAUCUAGGUCUUUCUUGGCAUAUUUUUGGUGGAUCUGUUCUAACAGAUUCUUAAUGCAAGAUAAUGGACCCUUGUCAAUUCAC